AUGACGCGCGCCCAGCAGACCAUUUCCUUUGGCCUCUUGGUCUCCUCCCUCUACCUCGCUCUCUACCUCGAGCUUAUCCCUCUCCCCGCUCUCGUCCAGGAGCAGAUUGUCCCUGUCCUCCCCUUUUGGGCUCUCGUCUCCUUUGGCGCCUUCCUCCUCUUCCGUCUCGGCUUCGGCGUCGUCACCUUCAACGAUGUCCCCGAAGCGCACAAGGAGCUGAUGGAGGAGAUUAGCCAGGCCAAGGUUGACCUCCGCAAGCUCGGCGUCGAUGUCGACUAA